AUGGCGCCGGGAAGGAUCCUCUUGGUGCUGGUCCUGAUCGCCGAGGUCGGCAGAACCCUGCCGUCCAGCAGUCACUCGGUCACCCGGAACGUCUUCGGGGUGUCCUUGCCAGAGGGCCACAUGGAGAUCGUCAAGGAGGAGAGGUGCUCGGACGCGAUCAUUCGGCUGACCUGCAGGUCCCUCAGGGCUAUCAUCUUUGUCCUGGAAGCCGAGCUCCGGACGAAUCGCUCCGAAACUUGCGGAUACGACCUGAAGAAGAUCCAGAGCUUUGGCGAACGCUGGGCCAAGGUGAACCGCAAGGCUAUCCUGAGGAAAACUUUCAGGAACCUCAGGGGAAAUUACAUCCUGGAAGAUGAAGAGGAGCCUACCAGAAUCGAUCUUAGGACAUCCUUGAAUAGGAGAUGUUCCGGCCUUCAGCACUGCCGGUACAACAUUAUGACGGAUCAUCCCGCUGCGUCCUACUGGAAUCCGGCGAAUGUGCAUUUAAAAUACGCCUGUAUUCCAGAAGGAGCAAUUCGGAGAUAUUGCAAUGUUAUGGUGCAGAUCCUCAGGAGAGAAGAGGGUUACAUAAGGUCCCCAGGAUAUCCCCUUUAUUACCUCGGUGGGACGUCCUGUGGAUGGACCUUCAAGACCCUUCCUGGACAGAGAAUAUCCCUGACCUUUCACGACUUAAAUAUUCGCAGUCCUGAGCCUGACGGCAGAUGCGUAGACGUCGUCAGGAUAAGGGAAAAUGGGACGACCCUUUUCGAAUCCUGCGAAACCUUCGCAGGGGUUCAAGUCAAUUCGAAAUCGAAUCUUAUCACUUUGGAUUUGAUAGCCUCGGCGAAGCUGUAUCCUGCUCGAGGAUUUUUCCUGCAUUAUCAAGUUCUCGGCUGUCCAGAAGUGGCCCCACCAAACGGAAGUGACGUCACGGAGGCCAAAGAUGGAUCCAGGACCUUUUCGUGCCGCGUGGGCGCUAUUUUUCCCGACACGAGGCAACGCUCCAGAACCGUCACGUGUAAGGAUGGUCAAUGGAACGAAACUGUCGGGAAUUUUCCGGGCUGCAUGGUCGGAUCUAAUCUGACCUGA